AGCACUGUCCUCGCGACGGCGGUGCUGAAGCUGAACAAGAUGGCUGGGAGCUGGGGAGCGGAGAGCUGAGGAAGAAGGGGAACUAGCCGCAUAUCUACAGCUCCAAGACCAGGAAAGGCUCCAUGACGCGGGCGUUCACUUUGAAUUACUAAAGCGUCCUGUCUGAGGCUUGACGUGGCGAGCGCUUGGUUCCCAGAAGCGGCUCGUGACGUCCAUCAAAGACCACCGACCCACUCCCCGGCAGACCAGCGCUCAGAUCGACUCAAGAUCGGAAACUCGAUCGCUGCAACACAGACAUGUCAUUGCUCUGUGUUGGAGUGAAGAAAGCCAAGCUUGAUGGACCCCAGGAAAAGUUCAACACGUAUGUGACCUUGAAGGUACAGAAUGUUAAAAGCACAACCAUCGCCGUGCGUGGCAGUCAGCCAUGCUGGGAGCAGGACUUCAUGUUUGAAAUCAACCGGCUAGAUCUGGGUCUGACGGUGGAAGUGUGGAAUAAAGGACUGAUCUGGGACACCAUGGUGGGCACGUUGUGGAUCCCUCUUUGUAGCAUACGGCAGUCAAAUGAGGAUGGACCUGGUCAGUGGCUGACCUUGGACUCCAAUGUGAUCAUGGCUGAGAAUGAAAUCUGUGGUACCAAAGACCCAACUUUUCACAGGCUACUUCUGGAUACUCGCUUUGAACUGCCAUUAGACAUUCCUGAGGAAGAGGCCAGGUACUGGGCCAAGAAACUUGAGCAACUGAAUGCCACGAGAGACCAAGAUUACCAAGAAGAGGAAGAGCGACCUCUCCAUGGCCCAUCAUCACAGUGUUGUAACUGGAGUUUGUGGGGAGAUCAGCAGAAUGACGACCCAGACAGCGCUGUGGAUGACAGAGACAGUGACUACCGCAGUGAAACCAGCAACAGCAUGCCGCCUCCGUAUUACACCACUUCCCAACCCAACGCCUCCAUGCACCAGUAUCCAAUAAGACAGCACCACUACAGACACUCCUACAAUGAUUCCAUCCAUGAAAUGGACUAUGACCACAGAUCCAUAAGACGCUAUGAUAGUUUAGACUCGGCCACCAACGGGCGCAGCGAUAUCGACUCAGGCUCAGGCUCAAGCCGUCGCACCAGUCGUCAGUAUUCUCUAGACAGUAGGCAAUCGCUGUCAGAUAGUCCCACAGACAGCCGAUACGCCUCGUCUGGUGAACUAAGCCGAGGAAGUUCCCAGCUCAGUGAGGAGUUUGUACCUGAAGACGGCGAGAGUUUGCGAGGAUCAGAGUUUUAUGAUGAAAAUGACUCUUAUCACUCCUGUCACUCGUCCAUCAGUUAUGGCAAAGAGGAUUCUCCAGGCUGGGACGGUGAGGAUCCACAAGGUGUUUACAGUGAUGAGGCCGGCUACCUCAAAGACGGAGGUGAGGAUAGAGCACUCUAUGAUGAGGAUGGAGAAUAUAGAGAAGAUGGGGAAUACAACUAUGAAGAUGAAGAAGAGAUGCCUUAUGAGGAAGAUGAAGAUAUGUAUCCAUUGGAUGGCACGUUAAGCGAACAAGAGCUGCCCUACACCCCUACUCCUACAAGCACCGCUCCCAACCUAAUUCCUCCAUCUGAUAGUCUCACCACCAGUAGGCCUCCCUUGGAGAAGCAAGCCUCCUUGCAUCAGCAGCAGUUACCACAAGAUCAGAUUCAAAAUUCAACCGCUAAUGGUUUGCCCCCAACAAUACAGGAGGACUUAAUGCCUCCAUUCGCUUCAGAACCCACCAUCCCAGCUGCCAUAGUAACUUCAAAGGAAGAGCUUUCUGAUGAAACAGUGACCACCACACCACAGCUUUCCCUUCAAGACACCAAACCCCUGGAGCCUGAACCGAAGGCUGAUGUCCCUCCAGAGGAACCCCUUCCACUAGGGCAGCCAUCAGCUGUAGAAAGUGUCGCUCCAGCUCCUGAGGAAAAACCAGAGGAACCUUCAGUGCCCAGUUUUCCGAAGAGGGAAGCCAUGGAACCAGGCCACGCCAGAGCUAAAGCUAACUGGCUGCGAUUGUUCAGUCGAGUACGACUACAGUUGCAGGAGGCUCGAGGAGAGAGUGUUGGCAUUGCCUCCCUCCUUUUAUCAGCAGGCAUGGGUGGUGCUCUCUACAGCAUCGACAGCAUGCCAGACCUCAGGAAGAGAAAAGCCAUGCCCCUUGUCAGAGAUCUGUCUCUAGUCCAGAACUCCAGGAAGGCUGGCAUCACCUCAGCUCUGACCUCCAGCACCCUACAUAAUGAAGAAUUGAAAAGCCACGUCUAUAAGAAAACGCUGCAGGCCCUUAUAUAUCCCAUCUCCUGCACCACUCCACACAAUUUUGAGGUGUGGACUGCCACAACUCCCACCUACUGCUACGAGUGUGAGGGUCUGUUGUGGGGUAUUGCUCGACAGGGCAUGCGCUGCUCUGAGUGCGGAGUCAAAUGCCACGAAAAGUGCCAAGAUCUACUCAAUGCUGAUUGCCUUCAAAGAGCAGCAGAGAAGAGUUCCAAACAUGGCGCAGAGGACCGAACACAGAACAUAAUCAUGGUUCUCAAAGACCGUAUGAAGAUCAGAGAAAGAAACAAACCGGAGAUCUUCGAACUGAUCCAAGAAGUCUUCGCUGUUGUCAAGGCAACACAUGUCACCCAAAUGAAGCAGAUCAAACAGAGUGUGUUAGAUGGAACCUCCAAAUGGUCAGCCAAGAUCAGUAUCACCGUGCUGUGUGCUCAAGGUUUACAAGCCAAAGAUAAAACUGGCUCCAGUGAUCCUUAUGUCACAGUCCAGGUGGGGAAAACAAAAAAGAGGACGAAAACCAUCUAUGGCAAUCUCAAUCCUGUCUGGGAAGAGACUUUUAAUUUCGAAUGUCACAACUCAUCAGACCGUAUAAAGGUGCGAGUCUGGGACGAGGACGAUGACAUUAAGUCGAGGGUCAAGCAGAAGUUCAAAAGAGAAUCAGAUGACUUUUUGGGACAAACUAUCAUCGAGGUCCGCACUCUGAGUGGUGAAAUGGACGUGUGGUAUAAUCUAGAUAAGCGUACAGACAAAUCUGCAGUGUCUGGAGCGAUUCGCAUGCACAUUAAUGUGGAAAUCAAGGGAGAGGAGACGGUCGCUCCGUACCACGUCCAGUACACAUGUUUACAUGAAAACCUCUUCCACUUCGUGACUGAUAUCCAGAACAAUGGUGUGGUAAAGAUACCUGAUGCUAAAGGGGACGAUGCCUGGAAAGUGUAUUUUGAGGAGACACCUCAGGAGAUAGUCGAUGAGUUUGCUAUGCGCUAUGGAGUAGAGUCCAUCUACCAAGCCAUGACACAUUUUGCCUGCCUGUCGUCUAAGUACAUGUGCCCUGGAGUGCCAGCAGUGAUGAGCACCCUGCUGGCCAAUAUCAACGCCUACUACGCUCACACCACCCAGGCCACUAACAAUGUCUCUGCCUCUGACCGCUUUGCCGCUUCAAACUUUGGGAAAGAACGCUUCGUCAAGCUGCUGGACCAGCUUCACAAUUCUCUGAGGAUUGACCUCUCUAUGUACCGGAAUAAUUUUCCAGCUAGCAGUCCAGAAAGGCUUCAAGACCUGAAGUCGACUGUGGAUCUUCUCACCAGUAUCACCUUUUUCAGAAUGAAGGUGCAAGAGCUGCAAAGUCCCCCCAGAGCGAGCCAGGUGGUAAAGGAUUGUGUCAAAGCCUGCCUCAAUUCCACCUACGAGUACAUCUUCAACAACUGUCACGAGCUGUACAGCCGCGAGUAUCAGACCGACCCGGCUAAACAAGGUGCCGUUCCUCCAGAAGAACAAGGUCCAAGCAUCAAGAAUCUAGACUUCUGGUCAAAACUCAUCACCCUUAUUGUCUCCAUCAUUGAGGAAGACAAGAACUCAUACACUCCAUGCUUAAACCAAUUUCCCCAGGAACUAAAUGUUGGUAAAAUAAGUGCGGAAGUCAUGUGGAAUUUAUUUGCUCAGGACAUGAAGUACGCCAUGGAAGAACAUGAGAAGAACCGCCUGUGCAAGAGUGCGGAUUACAUGAACUUGCACUUUAAGGUGAAGUGGCUAUACAAUGAGUACUGCAAAGAUCUGCCUUUCUUCAAGAGCCGUGUGCCUGAAUAUCCUGCUUGGUUUGAGCCUUUUGUCAUCCAGUGGCUGGAUGAAAACGAAGAAGUUUCUCGUGACUUUCUCCAUGGUGCUCUGGAGAGAGACAAGAAAGACGGGUUCCAGGUCACAUCAGAGCACGCUUUAUUUUCCUGUUCCGUGGUGGACGUGUUCUCACAGCUCAACCAGAGCUUUGAGAUCAUCCGGAAACUAGAGUGUCCAGACCCCCAGAUCGUUGGACACUACAUGAAGAGAUUUGCAAAAACUAUCAGCAAUGUUCUUCUGUCCUACGCUGACAUCAUCUCCAGAUUGUUUGCUAAUUAUGUCAGCAUGGAGAAAGUGCCCUGCAUCCUGAUAAACAACAUCCAGCAACUGAGAGUCCAGUUGGAGAAGAUGUUUGAAGCGAUGGGCGGAAAAGAUCUUUGUGUGGAGGCCAGUGAUAUUCUGAAAGACCUCCAGGUGAAGCUCAACAAUGUCAUGGAUGACCUCAGCAGAGUCUUUGCUGUUAGCUUCCAGCCACACAUUGAAGAGAACGUGAAGCAGAUGGGUGACAUCCUGGCUCAGGUAAAAGGAACCUCCAACGUGGGAAAUGCCAGCAGCGUGGCUCAGGAUGCCGACAAUGUCCUGCAACCUAUCAUGGAAUUCCUGGACAGCAACCUGACUCUGUUUGCAAAGAUCUGUGAGAAGACUGUGCUGAAGCGUGUGCUGAAGGAGCUGUGGAAGCUGGUGAUGAACACCAUGGAGAAGACCAUUGUUCUGCCACCACUCACAGAUCAAACGGGGAGGCUGAAGAGUGCUUCUCACAGUGAUGGCACUCAGCUCAUCUUUAAUGCUGCCAAGGAGCUGGGACAGCUCUCCAAGCUCAAGGAGCAUAUGGUUCGCGAGGAGGCCAAGGCGCUGUCACCCAAGCAGUGCGCGGUCAUAGAGCUGGCUUUGGACACCAUCAAGCAAUACUUCCAUGCGGGCGGCGUGGGCCUGAAGAAGACUUUCCUUGAGAAGAGCCCUGAUCUUUUGUCUCUGCACUACGCCCUCUCGCUCUACACACAAGCCACCGACAAGCUUAUAAAGACUUUUGUUCAGUCGCAGAACGCACAAGUGUUCGGCGGAAAGGGGGUGAGGUUCACCACUAGUGAGGAUGUUUACCCAGAAAAGGGAUCUGGAGUGGACGAUGCUGUCGGCGAGGUGUCCAUCCACGUGGAGAUCUUCACUCACCCCAACACUGGAGAGCACAAGGUCACCGUGAAAGUUGUUGCGGCCAACGACCUGCGAUGGCAGACGCAGGGAAUAUUCCGUCCAUUUGUGGAGGUCUUUAUCAUCGGCCCCCACCUCAGCGACAAGAAGAGGAAGUACGCCACCAAGUCCAAGAACAACAGCUGGGCUCCCAAAUACAACGAAACAUUCACAUUCACCUUGAGCAGUGAGGUGGGCCCUGAAUGCUACGAGCUGCAGGUGUGCGUGAAGGACUACUGCUUUGCCAGAGAAGACCGAACAGUGGGGAUGGCCGUCCUGCAGCUGAAGGACGUGGCGUCCAAGGGCAGCGUGGCCUGCUGGCUGCCACUGGGUCGGAGAAUCCACAUGGACGAGACGGGGCUCACCGUGCUGCGCAUCCUCUCCCAGCGCAACAACGACGACGUGGCAAAGGAGUUUGUCAAGCUUAAGUCCGACCAGCGCUCGGCAGAGGAGGGCCGGAGCUAAAACUGGUCAUGAGCGAGCCACUGCCGGAGCGUCCGGUGUGGCCACAGCAGAGUUGCGAUGAGAAUCCAGCGAGUCAUCAUCAUGAGUCCACGUCAUUCUUUGCCUCUAUCCAGAUCAUUGCAAACACAUCAGUCAAGUCAGGGUGAAAAAUUCUCGCUGGCCUUUAACGCGAUCACCGAUCUGACCGUCCUCUCAGAGAGCGCCGACGUAUGAUCGCUGAUGUAUGCCAAGCACAACAGGACCACCUGACCACCAUGGGUGCAUCCAACAUUCCAACUAUCCCAGAUUUGUAGUAUAAGUAAAUGUACAUGUAAGUACUGCUUUAUCUAUGUUGAUAGCUACAUAUAAAGAUGUAAGGACAGGUUUAGAGAUGGACGCCACGGUUGGUCCUCGUCUGUCCCUCUAUCAGAGCACACUGCCUGACACCCUCAAUGCCUUCUGUCUCGUCGACCCUUUUUUUGUUUUUAUACGUGUGUGUGUGUGUGUGUGAGUCGAGUGUGUUCUCGUGGCUGUCAUCACAGAGGAGUGUUUCAGAUCAAGUGAUGUUUACUCUGUUUGUUAAUGUAAACAUUCCAGGCGGCCCUGCGAUAGAUUAGAGUCUCCACAAUCCAGGGACGAAGCACAAAUGACUCGCGACGGCGCUGCAGGUGCUGCAACUGGGAAGUCAGACCUCUACUUUAAGGGCUGCAGAUCCAGACCUGGUCGGGUUUGGUGAUAACAUUUCGCAGAGGGUCAACGCCUCACUAGUCAGUUUAGUGUGACAUGCAUGGACCUCGCAAUUUAUAUCAUCGCUAUGGAAUCAGAAGAGUCAAGGCAGAUACACAGAACUCAUAUCAUGUGCUGUCCAAAUGUGAAGUGGCAGGGACGGGUGCCAGCACCGCGGGGUCUGAGGGAAAUAGUGGAGCACGGUAUAAGCUUGUCUUGUUCACUUCUCAGGGUGAGAUUGAUGGGAAUUCGGAGCAGAUGUGGAGUGCAGCAAAAGAUUAGCUGAGCCAAAAGGCAACACUCCUUUAAUGUCCGUUUAGCAGCUCCUCUAUGAAACCGGACUUUGGGUGCCAUCAGGUUCCACCCACUGCCAACACAACUCUUCGAGAGGGCUUCAGCAACUGUACAAAAAAAUUGUGACUCCUCACUAGUUUACUUCAGUUCAAUGAUGCAAGAUCCUGCCACCAAGUGGGAACGCAGUCUCUGUCGUGCUUUAGGAUAACAGGGUUUCCAGUCUAGUCCCCCCCUAAUUCUUCUGUCUUCAAUUCUUCAAUCUCUAUGCAUCUCAUCCAGUCAUUCAGCAAGUCAAGGUCUUUCACCGUUUACAGUAUGGAUUUUGUCUUACUCGAGCACCCAAGAGCUGACGGAGAUUUUGAAUCGCUUUUUUACUACCACCCGCCACAGCGUAGCGAUACCAUUGACUUGUCAAUAGAGAAGUGUGCCGCUCUUCGUGGUUGUGUAGCUGUUGAAAGGUGUGCACUUCAGACCAACAGAUCACGUAGAACCACCUAGAUUUGAAUUUCUGGGGCGUAUACUGUCUUUGAGUGACAUUUGCACAGUCUUUUAUCAAUGGUACGUCAAUGUCAAUUCUGAGAAUGCCACGAAUAAAACCUUGAUUUCAUGCAGAUGUGGAGGAUGAAAUGUCGGCAUGUGAGAUGCUAGUGAGGGAGGAAGUAGACACGGGAGCACAACAAAAAGCACAGAAACCACACGCAGGCAGCCGUGCAUGAACUGCCGCACUGGCCCGACCACCUGGGCGUCCACCGGUCCCUUAACUUUCAGGAGUGGUGCAUGAUGGGAGCAAUGAAAACAAACAAUUGUGUUGUGCCAGCACGCAAAAUGAUUUGAUGUUCUUGCCAAAUGUCGUCUGUUAUUUUGAUAUUUCCAUAUGGUUUACUAUUUUUGAAAUGUUUGUGAAUAUAUAAAUAUGUAUUACUAAUGAUGUGUCGUGGUACCAAGUACUCGCAUGGGAAUUUUUUUAUACACAAGAUGUUUGUAAUUUUUUUUUUAUUAUUAUUCUUGGUGUUGAAGAGAAAGAGGCUUCGGUCUCAUUGAGUUUCUGCUUCGAAUAAAUUGUGGAAA